AUGAAGUUUCAGAAAUUGGAAGACGAUUAAACAUUGAAAGAUCAACAGAAUCUUAAAUAAAAAAAAGAAUUAUUAAAGUAAGAAUUUGAACAUUUGGAAGAAAUAAAAAAAUAUGACAAUUUGUCAUUUGUUUCAAGCAAUGAUUUUAAGUUUAAAGCAGAAUUGGAUAAACUUUUAGAAAUGAAUAGAAGCAAGAAUAAAGAAUUAAGUCUGUUGUUAAAACCUCAAACUUUUCAAUCAUCUAAAUCUUAAAUGGGAGGUUCCUAAUUGUAAACCAUUUCUGGGACUUAUGGUUAGAUUCGAUCAAUUAAUAAUCAUCAUUCAGACCCAUUAUUUGCAACAUUCACAUAAAGCAUUUAUACUAAAGAUACUGAUAGCAAUGAAUAAUAUAUAGAGCAAUUAAGAGUUUAAGAAGAACGAUAUAACGAUUUAAUUUUAGAAGAAUCUGAAAAAAGAGAUUCCCUAGAAUAGCAAUUAAUCCAAAUAGAAAAAUCUAAACUUAUCUUACAAUAAAAAGUAGAAUAAUAUCAUAUGUUAACAAGAAUGUCAAAUAAGAGAUUUGCAAACACAUAAUCUUUGUAAUUUUUGGCUGAAUAAAAAAAGGAAACAAGUAAAGUGAAUUUGAGAUCGAUCAAAGAUGAAUUUGAAUAAAUGAAGAAGAUGCAAGACACAUAUAAAAAAUAACAAGAAGAAAAAUAAUCAAAUUUAUAGAAAGUCAUUUAUGUUGGAGAAGAGAACAUUGGACAUAAUGCUAUUAAAAUUGAGCAUGCCUUAUAAAUGAAUGAUGAAUGCAUUAGAUAAAUAGAAAAAUUAGAAAUUGAAAAAUAAAAAAAAAUUGAAAAAAAAUUAGAAAGUCGUUACAUUUUAACUUAUAUUGAAUGCUUUGAAAAUUUUGAAAGGAUUUUUAUGGAACAUACAGGAGUCUAAAAUGCUUAUAGAAUAGUGGAUGAAUUCUAGGUAAAUGAAGAAUAAUUACGUAAAUAUUCAUAAUAAUAAAUCUAAUUUGAUCAAUCAGCCAAUGUUUAAAGUGAGGAGGAUUUUGAUCGUAAUGAACUACUAUCAUAGAUAACUAAGUUUUAUGAAUAAGGGGAAAAUAGAACAAAAUAUAUUUUAAAUUUCAUGUUAGAAUAAUAUUGGCAUUUAUAAUCAACUCUAAAUAAAAGUAGUCUUGAAUAUGAAAAUCUAUUAAAGUAAAAAAAAGUAUUAUUGGAUGCCAUUGAAAAUUUGGAAUGGGAAAUAAAUGAAUUGAAAUAGAAGAAUCCAAACUUGGAAGUUCAUGAAUACUCAUCUGUAGCUGAAGAUGCUGGUCUAUUGCAAGUCAAAGAGUAAAUGACUACAUUAAAUAUUAAGAAAAUGGAAAUGGAAGACCAUUCAGAUAAUGUGUUGUAUUAAAAAGCUGCAAAGGCAUAAGGUUUGCUUAUGAAAUUUUAAUUGGGAUUAGCAGAAUUUAUGCAUAGAGUAUUUUAAAUAAUUUCUCUCAUAGACAAUAAAAAUAAGGAAAUCAAAAAGUUUAAAUAUACAGGAUUGUCAAGUGAAAUAUUGAAUUAUGAAAAAUAUCUAGCAAAAGUCUAUCAUUCAAAUGAAAAGAAAUUUUAAAUUACUAAUAAUUCAGAAUAAAUGGAUGUUUAACCAUUACAUCUAAAUUUAUUUUAAAUUUCCAAUAUUAUUUCAUAAGUGUUAAACAUCAAUUAAAAUAUUGUUGAAGAAAUUAGUACCUACUUUUUUAUAUAAUGUAAGACCGAUUAAGUUUUAUGGUUUCAUUUGACUUAGGAUAAUUUCACUCAAUUUAUAAGUCAAUAUAAAUCUUUAGAUCCUAUUUUGAUUUUAAAAGAAUUACAAUCUCCAAAGAUGAUUAAUUAAUUUAGAGAAAAAUUAGUAGAUAUUUUUACUAGUAAUUUUAAGGAAUUAUUCACCUUUUUUACAAAUAUGUAUAGUAAAGUUAAGGAUAUAGCUGAGGAUUUGUUAAUUCAUUUGAAGGAAAAUAAUCCCAAAUUUGACUUCAAUAAAUUAAACAGAAAUCUUACUAAAGAAGGAUAAGACAUCAAGCAAGCCAAAGAAUUGAUUAUCAAAAGGAUGAUUGAAUAUAAGACAGGAGAUAAUUUUACAUUAAGAAAAGAGAAUUCUAUGCAAGCUCUUAAGAAUGCUAAAACUAAAAUGGAAGAUGAUCAAGUUAUAGAAUAAGUUUAAACAAAAUUAUAGCAAGAUUACUAAAAUUCUAAAGAUUUAUUCCCAUUAAAGGAGGAAUUUGAUGAAUCCUAACUAGCUUAAAUUAAAAGCUUCUUCAGAUAGAAGAUUAAGGAAAAAAAUGAAGAAAAGAAAGAAUGCAAAACUGAUUAAAAUUCAACAAAAGAUCAGAUUACAAUAAUUAAGGAUUAGUAAGACUUUUAAUAGAAAAAAAAAAUACAAGAAAGAAACGAAAAUAAAUAUGAAAAGGGAAGAAAUAAGAAAAAUUAGGAAGUCAAACCUUAAAAUUAAGCGAUAAGAGAUGAAUUAGAAUAAGAAAGGGAAUUACUAAAAGCGUAAAUUGCUUCGAAUGUUUAGAGAAUGCAAGAAGAAAAAGAAAGAAAAGAAAAACCUGAAUUUAAAGAAUAAUAAAAUGAAAGAAAAACAUAAAUAAAAGAAUCAACAGAAAGACUUUAUGGUGAAAGAGGAUACACAGUAUAAUUGAUUAGAAAUAUGGCAUUGACAUCAAAUAUUUUGAGUGAUAUUGAUUAAUUAGAGCAUUUUCAAACAAAAAUUGAAUAACCACAAUUAGUAAGUGCUUUUGUUAUGCAAAGAAAGAAUUUGCAUAAGAAUCUGACAAAAGAUUUAACAUUGCCAUAACUCUCAUACUUAAAACCAACAAGUGCAUAUAUUGCAAGAAGGAAUUAAUCAUCUGAAUAAAUCAAGGCUAUGGAUUACAAAAGGUACUAUGAAAUAGAAAACGGAGUCAGCAUCAGACCAUAAACACAAUAAUUAGCAAGAAAGUCAAUUUCCAAAUAAAAAAAUAAUACUUUUAACACUGAAGAAUAUAAGAAAAAAUACUCAGUUAAGAAUUUGAAGAAUUACAAUAGUGAAGUUAAAUCUAAUUAAAUGCCAUAGCCUAUAGUAGAAAUCCCUAUGAAUUAUGGACCUUAGUCAUGUUUAAUCCCUUAAAUGAAUUGA